CUAUCUAUCUAUCUAUCUAUCUCUCUCUCUAUUUCCUCUCCCGCUCUCUCUUUCUCUCUGUUGUGGACGUGCCUCUAGCCAGAGGAGCAGUAGUACUAAGUGCCUCCUGUGCACUUGUGUAUGAGUAGCUGAUGUCAACCUCACUGACAAUAACAGACCUGAAACACUAGUGACCGUCUCAUAGACAAACUGUUCCUCUCCUAUCAUCUCAUUUUGUCAUGAACACUUUGAAUACAGGAGCUAGGUUAUCAGGCUGCUGGACUGUUACAGGCUGCAGCGGGGGUGGAGACAGUUCCCUGGACAGGCUUCUUCCAUCCGUCAGCUCUGGGCUGGCACCACGGAAACGGACCACCAGCCAAUGCAAGUCAGAACCGCCCCUGCUGCGGACCUCUAAACGGACCAUCUACACAGCCGGCCGCCCACCUUGGUACAACGAGCAUGGAACCCAGUCCAAAGAUGCCUUUGUUAUCGGUCUGUGUGGGGGCAGUGCCUCAGGGAAGACCACUGUAGCCAGGAAGAUCAUAGAGGCUCUGGAUGUCCCCUGGGUGGUCCUGCUCUGCAUGGACUCCUUCUACAAGGUUCUGACUCGUGAGCAGCAGGUCACGGCAGCCAGUAAUGACUACAACUUUGACCACCCGGAUGCCUUUGACUUUGGCCUGCUGGCACACACACUGCGGAAACUCAAACUGGGCAAGAGUGUCAAGAUCCCUGUGUAUGACUUUACCACACACGGACGCCAGAAGGAGUGGAAAACAGUGUAUGGAGCCAGUGUUAUCAUCUUGGAGGGAAUCAUGGCCUUUGCAGAUAAAGAGCUGUUACAGCUGCUGGACAUGAAGAUAUUUGUGGACACGGACUCAGACAUCCGUCUGGUGCGUCGGCUGCAGAGGGACAUCACAGAGCGUGGCCGGGACAUCGAGGGCAUCAUCAAACAAUACAAUACGUUUGUGAAGCCCGCCUUUGAGCAGUACAUUGAGCCCACCAUGCGACUGGCUGACAUUGUGGUACCACGCGGAGGAGGCAACAUGGUGGCCAUAGACCUGAUCGUACAGCACGUCCACAGCCAGCUAGAGGAGAGGAAACUUCGCUGGGAUAUGGCAGCCCUUGCCUCCGCCCACCAGGCCCAGCCUCUCCCCCAGACCCUGAGUGUUCUGGAGAGUACACCUCAGGUCAGGGGCAUGCACACCAUCAUCAGAAACAAAGAGACGAGCAGGGAUGAAUUCAUCUUCUACUCCAAGAGGCUGAUGCGUCUGCUGAUUGAAAGAGCUCUCUCCUUCCUCCCCUCACAGAGCCAUAAAGUUCAGACACCGCAGGGAGAGGACUAUGAAGGCAGAACUUUCCACGGGAAGAGGAUCACAGGAGUGUCCAUCCUUCGAGCGGGAGAGACCAUGGAGCCAGCUCUCCGAGCGGUGUGUAAAGAUGUCCGCAUCGGGAAGAUCCUCAUCCAGACCAAUCAGGACACAGGAGAACCAGAGCUGCACUACCUGCGUCUGCCUAAGGACAUUGGUGAGGACCAUGUGAUUCUGAUGGACUGCACCGUGUCCACAGGAGCUGCUGCCAUGAUGGCCGUACGAGUCCUCCUGGAUCAUGAUGUCCAGGAGGAUAAGAUCUUGCUGGUGUCUCUGCUGAUGGCUGAGAUGGGGGUUCAUUCUGUGGCCUACGCCUUCCCUAAGGUCCAAAUCAUCACCACCGCCGUCGACAAGAAGGUCAACAACCUCUUCCACAUCAUCCCCGGCAUAGGAAAUUUCGGUGACCGGUACUUUGGUACAGACGCACCCCCAGACUGGAGCGAUGAGGAGAUGGAUGAGCCCAGACAGACCCAUUUGAAGUGGACAUUUGAAUGAUUCAGGGGUGUGCCCUUUGGAGGACAAUUCAGGAAUGUGCUCUUCGCCCCACUGGGCAGCUACGUGCACCCCCUCAUUUUGGGGACCCAAGAGAUUCAACCACAAAGACCAGGGAGGUUUUCCAAUGCCUCGCAAAGAAGGGCACCAAUUGGUAGAUGGGUUAAA